GUUACAAAACACAAACACGGGCCUUUAAAGUGACUUUCUGUGUGACAGAUCCGGUAGCGAAUACACGAAUCUAAAGUAUCACGAGUCUGUCGUUGUGGAUUUUUAUUGUAUUAUGUUUUAUACUCAUGUCUCCUGCAAUGAAAGACGAGACUGACACAGAGCAGACCUCUGGGAACUGGUCUUGGUGGCCCUCUUGGAGACCAACAUCCAUGACAUUAUUGAAAAGUGCCGAAGCCAAAAUUCUUGCCUAUAUCCAAAAUGACGUUUGGUCCAGAUUUGUGACUUUGCCAAAUCAAAACAGAAUAUGGACCCUUAAAGUCACCAAUAAAUCAGCACGUAAACACAAAGACGAAGGUAGAGUCUCUAAUCUUCUUGUGCAGUGGCUGCGUAAGAGUUUUGCACACUUAAACAUGCCUCCCUCCCUCUCUAUAGGUGCUCAGACGCCCCUAGUGAUGAUCCACGGGUUUGGAGGAGGUGUGGGUCUCUGGAUCCGUAACCUGGAUGCUUUGAGUCGUUCUCGACCCGUCUACGCCUUUGACCUGCUGGGCUUCGGUCGCAGCUCUCACCCGUCGUUCCCGUCUGACGCCUCAUUGGCUGAGGAGCAGUUUGUUACUUCCAUAGAGCAGUGGAGACAAUCACUGGGGCUGGAGCGCAUGAUCCUAUUGGGACACAGCUUGGGUGGUUACCUAGCAACAUCCUAUACAAUCCAAUAUCCAGAAAGAGUCAGUCACCUCAUCCUGGUGGACGCGUGGGGUUUCCCUGAGCGACCUCAGCCUCAGUUAGAGGGGUCAGGAGGUCAAGGGUCAGAGGUCAAAAGGCUCUCACCGUCUCGCUGGGGGAAAGCUUUGACGUCAGUGUUCAGCCUCUUCAACCCGCUGGCCUUCUUCAGAGCAGCCGGACCCUGGGGUCCAGGGCUGGUGAACCGAUUCCGUCCCGACUUCAAGAGGAAGUUUGAGAAUCUGUUUGAUGACGACACCAUGACACAAUACAUUUACCACUGUAACGCUCAGAACCCGAGCGGUGAGGUGGGUUUCAAAGCCAUGUUUGAGUCGAUGGGCUGGGCCAAGAGGCCGAUGGUUCAGCGUGUUCAUCUGCUGCCCCCGUCGAUGCCCGUCAGCAUAUUGUACGGCACGCUGUCCUGGGUGGACCCAUCCACUGGAAAGACAGUCGUUCAGAUCAGAGGCAAAAGCCCCACCAGCAUCACGCUGAUCAAAGAUGCUUCCCAUCACGUCUACGCCGAUCAGCCAGAAGAGUUCAACCGAGUAGUUGAGAGUAUUUGUAAUACAGUAGACUAAAUAUGAUGCACAUUGGUCUGUAGGUGCAUGUAUCUGUAUUUUUGAAAGAGGUCUGUCCCGUGUUUGUGGGAUCAGGUUGAUAGAAUAAUUUAAAAGCUAAGCUGUUCUCAGAACUUGUCGCUUCAUAUUCUGAUUUUACUUUUUGUGGAAAGGCUCUGUGAUUGUACUACAGGAUUCAAUGGAAACUGGUUGUGUUUGUAUUAUCUAACCUAUCCAUCUUAUUCUUCAGUGUGGAAGUAAGCAUUAGCUGCUGUAGGGAAAUAACCAGAAGAACAACAACGUGCAGUAAACGGUAAAACAAGCUGUUUUGCACAGCUGAAAAUAGCUGGACGCAGAUAAGACCGGAAACCAGACUCAUAAAAUUCACAAAUGGCCACGUCGGCUCUUGGGGAAAAAAUAAGGUGGAUGUUUCAUUCAGAUUUCUUUUCAGUCAUGCACUGAAAAAGUCAUGCUGUUAAACCUGUGUCAUGAAUUCAUUGACAGUGUUUGGACAGUCAUAUUGACUAAAAGAAAAGAUGUUAAUAAUUCAUUCAGCAUUAUAAACGAUUGUCUGUUUUUAGAAUGUCCAGAUCUCAGUUUAUUGCUGUACCUUUAAUGAGAGGUGUCUGCAUUUGUUUGUCUUUACAGACUUUUUAUACUGCUGGAGUGAUUAUUUUUAUGUGUACUGUAUAUUUAUUUAAGCUUUUUAUUUAUAUAAUUAUUUACACAUCAGUGCGGCAUCACCCUGAUCCAAGUUUGUGAUUCUUACAGGUUUUGUUUAUCAUGAUAAUCUUUAAAAAUUAACACAACUUUUAUCAAUCCUGAAGCCUAAAUGCAAAAUUAGCUAAAGGAACUGCACCACAGUCACAUGACUUCAACGUCACAACCAUUACGUUUCCGAAACCUCUUUCAUUCUUUAUUUAAAAACAUUUAGAAAAGUUUGCAAGAGUGUGAUUAUAAACACAAAUGAGGUUGUAAAAGCGACUACUGAGUAGAUGAGUUUAUCUGUUCGGCUUGUCUCUGCAGUUCAAAUUAGUCACCAGCAACCACCUUUUUAAAGACGCUGAAAAGCUUAAAAACAUAAGGGAUAGAGUAUCACUGAUGUAUAUUAUGUUGUAGAAUAAAGGUGAACGUAUCUUGAGCUUGUCUUAAAGGGGUCAUGAACUGAGAAAUCAAAUUUCCCUUGAUCUUUUGACGUAUAAGAGGUCAUUGUACUAUAAAAGCAUCCUGUAAGUUUCAAAACUCAAAACUUUCUUGUUAGUUUAAAAACAGCUUUUAUUGAAACCAAGCUCAGAAAACGAGUGCUUUUGUAAUGUGCCAUUUUAUGACGUAAUAGUGCCGCGAAAGCCCGCCUCUGCAACUGUUAGCCAAUCAUAGCAGUGGGUGUUAUUUUGUUUCUGGGAGCUUUACUCAUUCAUGUUGUGAUUACAAUUAAGUGACACUAUGAGGCGCUGGAUGCACCAUUUUGCUUUUUGAGGUAAGAAUGCAACUGAUUUCAUCAGAGAAUGAUUAAGUAUAAUUCCUGAUAUUGUUAAAAUGGCAAAUGAAAGAGUAUGCAGUAUGCAAUAAUAAAUGUUUCAAACAGAACUAUA